AUGGCUCACAGACCCUGCUUCUCCUCCUGGUCAUUGGUCUGCUGGUUGGUAGUAGCUGUGGCAGAAGGACAAGAAGAGGUUGUCACCCCACCAGGAGGCUCACAACAUAUAAACCCUACAGACUGCCAGAUCUUCACACUCACCCCUCCACCCACCACGAGGAAUCCGACAACAAGGGUCCAGCCCAUUACUAGGACACCUAGAUAUUUCCUUGGAAGAAAUCUCCAGAGUGAAAGUUCAUCUGAAGAAAGCAGAGAGAAAAGAGAAGCCAAAAUAUACUGAAGCAAAAAGAGCCAAUGCCUCCAAAAACAUGAAAAUAUUUUUGCUAUCUCUUUCAAAACCAAAAUUAUUGGAUUAGAAGAUAAAGUAAACUAAAUAAUAUUGACUAGAAAUUGUCAUCAAUGAAGAUAUUGGAUUUGAGUUGUUUUUGUUUGCAAAAUAGGACAGUAACUACAUCAUUAUUAACCUACAGGAAAUUAAUGAAAACAAAAUCUUCAAAUGGGCUGUUCCAAUAAUUCCUAUUCAUACCAAGAUUCCAACUGAACUAGACUCCUCUUCUAAAUUAGAGUGAAGAGUAUUUAAAAAGGGAUAAUUAUGAACCAAAUGAAGACAUUAAGAUCCUCUUUUUUAUGUUCAUUAGGUGAAGUUUGCAAGGUGCAACAAUUGAACUUUAAAAGAAAUUAUAAAGAUUAAAGCAAAAAAAAAGGUUUGGGGAAUCGGACUAUAGAUAAUACUUUAUAAUCAUAAACUGAAUUAUCUAGCUCAAAUAAUUAUUUUUAACUGAAGUUUCCAAAUUUAUCUUAAUGUUAACUUUUAAGCAAAUGAUGUGAUUCAUUUUAUAAGUAUCUUACUGUUUCUUUUGUUGUCAUAAUAUAAACACUAGUUGAAAAAUUUUUCCUCAAACUUUCAACACAGACCCAUGCUCAAUGCCUUGAUUAAAGGAACUCUGCAGACAAAGUUCACUCAGUGAUGGAAAUUUGUGUUCUCAGGUGCAAUUUGAGAAAUGAAUCAGAUUGCAUUCAUUGGCUGGUUUUUUUUUUAACUGAAAAAUAUCACCUCUUGUUUGUGCCACUCAUCUUGCCUGUAGGAACUUGUGCUUUGCAUAUAUGGCCAAUGACUUACUUGUUCCUCUCAAGAACUGCUGCUACUAUUGCUACAAAGUAAAAAAGAAAUAACACAAGACAAUAGAAUUCUGGGAAUGGAUGCCUAGGAAAAGGAGAGAGAGAUUUAAAAAAAAAAUCAUACUGUGUUUCCUCGCUAUAUUGAAUGAUAAAAGAAGAAAGAUAUUUCUUUCACUCACUUCAUGGCAAAUAUUAUUUAUAAGAAGAGAUAUUUACUUGAA